AUGGCUUCACGUUGUGAUGCGCGACCUAGGAUCCUUGUGCCGUCUUUUAAAAGGCUGCUCUCACCCGCGCCUCCACCCCCAUCCGGAUCUUCUCUCCCCCUGCAAUCCAUCGCGACCUACCAUCGCCUCUCCUCCGACUCCAUGGCUAGACUGAUUACGGCCGUCUCCAUCGCUCUGUCCAUCCUCGCGACGCAGAGCAAAGCACAAAUCCCGUCGGUUGUGCUGUUGCCAAGGACUGCGACCGAUUGCAUCACCACCAUGACCAUCACGUACUCGCGGUUGCCCACGCCGCCAUACUGGCCGCAGUGCUCGUUUGACGGCACGGAGCGCAUCUACACGUCGACGGUGACGGCGUCGCACGCGGUCGACUGCCACGGGUGCAACCAGGUGGCGGUCAGGGGGUGGCCUGAGGUGCACUGCCCGGCGAUGAUUAUCACGGCGUCGGUGACGGAGGCGACGCCGUUGACGACGCGUGAGACGGUGUGUGCGGCGAGUCGAUAG